UAAUGCUUUAACGAGGGGGGAGGGAAAGUAUACAUUAUAAGAUAAUAACCAGUCAUAGCGGUGAAACAAAUAAUGAGUUUAUUUUGGUGGCAAACCUGUUAUAUCAUUAUUUCACAUUGCAUAUUCACUCUUAUUCUUUACCAGCUUGCAGAAAAUAUCGUUAAUUCAAAUGAUUAUCAGACGGCUAAGGAUUUGUUUGAAAAAAAUAAGAAUGCAAAAGCGUCGUUGGAGUCCAGUGUUUGGUGUUAUGGAAAAGACAUCAAUGAACGAAUUUGUAAAUUCAGAAAUUUAUAUUACUCACCUUUUCUUGGAGAGUUCAUUUUCUUUCAUGGUAGAGCAACUACUGUUCACGAGGUUCCACAAGAUCGCUGCUCCCCUGCUUUGCUCAAAUUAUCUUCAGUUAGAAACCAUAAUCUACAUUAUUUUAAUUACCAAGACGCACCUCUCGAGGCUCUUGGUAAAUUUAAUCAUGUGGUAAACAUUCACCAACCAAGUUUGAUCUUUCAUCGAUUCAAGCCAAGCAACAUAAUGCAUGUAUUUCAUGAUGAUUUGAUUCCCAUGUUCCACACUUUACAACAACAUUUUCAAGAUGUUGACAAUGCAAAUGAGCAAUUUAAUAUGGAUGUGCAACUUGUCUUCAUGGAUAAAGAAAAGGAAGAUCCGCAUUUUGCUUUAUAUCAAUUAUUCUCUGAUAGACAGCCAAUCACCUCAUCACUACUUCACUCGAAAGGUAACCAAUCAUUAAUAUGCUUUAACCAAGCAAUAGUGGGCAUAUCAAAGGCCACUGCAUGGUAUGAUUAUGGGUUUCUCAAGCCACAAGGAGAGAUAGUAAACAGUACAGUCAGUAGUUUAAUUCUGAGACAGUUUACAGACUUUCUUAGUAAGAAACUCGAAAUUGAAUCUUCAAUAAAGAGGACAAACUAUGUACUUCUAUUCUCUCGUGAAUCAGAUCGUCUCAUUCUCAAUGAGCUGCAACUCACCUUCUCAAUUGCAACCACUUUUAAUUUACAAGUUAUUAGGGUAAGCUUAGAGAGCAAACAGCUAAAUGAGAUAAUUAGGUUAAUUAAAGGAUCUCGAGGGAUAAUUGGAAUGCAUGGAUCAAUAUUGAUCCUAUCCAUGUUUUUGCCUGAGAAUAGUUUUCUUAUUGAGUUGUAUCCCUAUGCAAUCAAUCCAAUCAACUAUACACCCUACAGAACUCUUGCCAAGAUUCUUGGAAUAACUUAUGCUGCAUGGCAAAAUGUCAUGAAGAACAAAACUAUCUCACAUCCAGACAGGACAAGAGAAGAAGGAGGUAUAAGGCAUUUAGAUGAGGUCAUGCAAGACAAAAUCAUGAAAACAGAUGAAAUUCCUCAGCAUUUAUGCUGUGAAGACCCUUACUGGUUGUUUCACAUAUACCAGGACACAAUAGUGGACACUGAAUCUUUCAAUUAUGUAAUGUCGGACAUUCUAGACCAAAUGAAGUUUCAUGAAACCGACAACACUGAACGAAUAAGAAAAUUUCCUGGAAAGGUAAAAAAGGUUUUGUGCAAAAUACCUGAUAAUGAGAAAGGUGUAUUUGUGACAUGGAAGCCACCAUGGAACAUACAAUUUUAUCAAGAUGUCUCCUAUGAAGUUUGGUUUCAUGAUGGUGAGAAUUAUAUGGCAUAUUCCCUUCAAAAUGCUACACAACAUGUAUUCAGUGAUAACAUUACACCUCACAGUUCAUAUAGUAUUUAUGUGCGAGGGAUAAUUAAGGACAAUAAGGGAACAUUUUCUGAUCCAUGUCAUAUUGUAACAAAAUAAUAUACAUAUUAGUAAAUUUUUACAUUCAUGAAGGCAAAAUAAAGUGAACAAAUAGAGAAUAAAGAUUCUGUAGCCACCUUUUUGCCA